ACCUUCGAACCUUGGGACCCGUACCUGGGGGGAGGUGCGUGUCCCGGACUCCAGGCAGUCCGGGGAGGCCACUGGACGCUGGACAGUGGUUCAUCUUUUUUAUUAUUUUGGUAAAUUAUUGUUUUAUUUCCAAUUCUUGUAUUUCAGGGCUGGUCUGGCCUAAGCGUCGUCCUCCGAACGCGGCGGAUGGAAGCGAAAAGGAGAAACGGUGGUGGCAGGGGACACGCGGCCGGUGGGGCUCUCCUGGAAGACUUGCGGUCUGAUUGGCCGGGACGACGGGAACGCGCGCCGAUCGAGCUUUUUCGUUUUCAGAUUAAAAUUGUUCGGAGGGACUGCGAUGGCCCUGUCAGUACGAAGUACACGAUAUGUAGUUACUGCGUAGUGACUGGGAGCCCUCACGUUCUUGGCUCUGCGGUCAAUUCUGCUCUAUCAGGCCCCGGGAGGGCUCUAGAGAACAACCGGCUGACUCCGAUGCAGCCGGACCAGGCUCGUACUCCGAGACAGAAUCACUAUUCUGGGAGUCGGACUCGUCUGUCAGUCGGUCCAGCCUCCCGCCGGCGCAGAAACGAAAAACGGUGGCUGCCAAUCUCCAUUAUCCAGAACCGUCGACGAACCAACGGAGUACCACAAUGGGCGGAUUGUCCGCCCGACCACCGGGUCCGGCGCAACCCACUCGCCCUGGCCGAAAACCAAAGAAUAGAAACAUCUCCACUCUCGACAUUAGUUGCAAAGUCCGCCGGCCAGGGAUUCGCAGGGAAUAAUCCUCGCGUUAGCUCGUAGUAGUCGGUGCAUAUCCAGACGCGAUCGGGGACUAGAGAGGGCUACAUCCGACGGAAUGCCAAUAUCUGUAACCCGUAACCUGUAACAUCCUGUGUUGUUUGAGAUUGAUCAUGAACAACGGUGAUCGACCGUUUGGGAAAGAUGGUGCCGGCAAAGACCCUGGUAGUACCUACGCAGUACUCCGUAUAGUAGUUAUGGUCAAUG